AGAAGCAAAAGGAAGAGGAUGUCCACUUACUCCAUUUCACCAGUGAAUAAGUGAAGUUAGCAGAAAUGCAGAAAAAUAAGGAAUCGUGGACGUUUUUGAAGAACUUAUAGACAAAGAAGUUCAUGAUAGAGACGAAUAUAUGAUCGAAAAUAAAUAAAGUAAUUCAAAUUUCCUAGUUACAGAAGUCAAUACAUAUCAGUCUCCUGUCUCUUUCACUAAAGGAAUGCCUCGAGAUCUACCAACCAAUAAAUCUGAAUCAUCGGUUCACUUGGAUCAGUGUGAAUUUCCAGAAUCUCAAAAUGAUAAACCUGUAGGCGAAGAAAAAUAUCUCGAUAAACACAUACAGUAUGAUCAUACUUUGAAAGAUGACAAAAAAUGGCAUGCCAAAUUAGGAAUCGUAGACAUUGUUGAACGUUUUAUAGAUGAAGAAGGAGAUCAUGAGACAGAAGAAUAUAUAAUAAAGAAUGAAGCAAGCUAUGCAAAUUCCCCAGAUAUAGAAGUUGAUGCAAAUCAUUCAUCUGCCUCUCUCACCAAAGAAAUGCCCUCAGUAUUAGAUCAACGAAGCAAUAAAUCUGAACCAGUUCACUUGGACCAGUGUGAAUUUCUUUUAUGUCAAAAUGAUUACACUGAAGAUGACAAGAAAUGGGAUGAUAAAUCUUUUCUUUUGAAUAGCAAGUGUUAUAUGUGUGAUUUUGAGACCAAUUUUGAAAAUGACCUUGCUUCACAUAUAAAAUCUGUUCAUUCCGGUAUUAAGUGUGACUUAUGCGAGUUUGUUACAAGUGAAAGAGAUAACCUUAAACAGCAUGUCGAUUCGGUUCAUUUAAAUAUUAAGAAACACAAGUGUGACUUAUGUGAGUAUGUUACAAGUAGAAGAGGGGACCUUCGAAAGCAUACAAACUCUGUUCAUUUAAAUAUCAAGAAACACGAAUGUCACUUAUGUGAUUAUGCUUCAAGUCAGAAACAUGUAGUCCAAAAUCAUAUCAAAUCUGUUCAUUUGAAAGUGAAGGAGCACAAGUGUCACCUGUGCGAAUACAUCACGAGUAGAAGUGGCGACCUUCAAAAACAUGUCGACACUGUUCAUUUGAAUAUCAAGAAACAUGAAUGUCAUAUGUGUGAUUAUGUAACGAGUAGAAAAGUGUACCUUCAAAGGCACGUCGAGCGCGUCCAUUCGGAUUUUAAGAAACACAAAUGUCACCUUUGUGAAUUUGCUGCCAGAUUGGAAACUACCCUUGACGUUCACAUACAGUCUGUUCAUUUGAAAAUUGAAGAAUACAAAUGUCACCUUUGUGAGUAUUUCACGAGUAGGAAAGAUGUGCUCCGAAGACACGUUAAUUCUGUUCAUUUGAAUAUCAAGAAACACAAAUGUCACUUGUGCGAAUAUGCUGCCAGCGAGAAACGUAUCGUCCAACGACAUGUGAAAUCUGUUCAUUUGAAAAUCAGGGAGCACAGGUGCCUCUUGUGCGAAUUUGCUGCUAGUAGAAAAAAGGACUUAGAAAUGCACGUGAAAUCUGUUCAUUUGAAAAUUAAGGAACACAAGUGUCAUCUAUGUGAGUUUGCUACAAGUAGAAAUUUAUACCUGAAAAAUCAUAUAAAAUCUAUUCAUUCAAAUAGCAAUAUAGCAAGUAGCUGUGAAUAAACUCAGUAAAUAUAUUUAUAUUUAUUUU